AUGAUAACUGCGGCUCUACACGAACCCCAGAUUCACAAACCGGCCGAUACUACCUCCACCGUUGUCUCCGGCCAUGAUGAGCCUCCUAAGCCUCGCAUUUUCCGAUCAAAGCUUCCAGAUAUCGACAUUCCAAACCACCUCCCUCUCCAUACUUACUGCUUCGACAAGCUUUCCUCUGUUUCCGACAAGCCUUGUCUAAUAGUAGGAUCCACCGGAAAAAGCUACACCUACGGGGAAACACACCUAAUCUGCCGGAGAGUCGCUGCCGGAUUCUACAAACUAGGGAUUCGAAAAGGUGACGUCAUCAUGAUCCUCCUUCAAAACUCAGCCGAAUUCGUCUUCUCCUUCAUGGGUGCUUCCAUGAUCGGAGCCGUCUCAACCACCGCAAAUCCAUUCUACACUUCUCAAGAGAUUCACAAACAGCUCAAAUUUUCCGGAGCUAAACUCAUCAUCACUCACUCUCAUUACGUCGAAAAACUGAGAAACCUCGACCAAGAAACCAAAAUCGGAGAAGAUCUCACGGUGAUCACCACCGAGGAUCCUACACCGGAGAAUUGUCUACCUUUCUCCACACUCAUUGACGAGACAAACCCACAAGAAGAAUCAGAAUCUGUCGAUGUCGAUGGUGAAGAUGCGGCGGCACUCCCUUUCUCUUCUGGCACGACGGGUUUGCCAAAGGGAGUGGUUUUGACUCAUAAGAGCUUAAUCACGAGCGUUGCGCAACAAGUUGAUGGAGAGAACCCAAAUCUUUACCUUCAAUCAAACGACGUCGUACUCUGCGUUUUGCCUCUUUUCCACAUCUACUCUCUUAAUAGCGUCCUCCUCAAUUCCAUCAGAUGCGGUGCGACGGUUCUUCUUAUGCACAAAUUCGAGAUUGGGGCGUUAUUGGAUCUAAUCCAGAGACACAAGGUUACAAUAGCGGCGCUUGUUCCACCGCUUGUGAUUGCUUUAGCUAAGAACCCUACCGUUAACUCCUACGAUCUCUCUUCCGUUAGAUUGGUUCUCUCCGGUGCAGCUCCGUUAGGCAAAGAUCUCCAAGAUAACCUCCGUCGCCGCCUCCCUCAGGCCGUCCUUGGUCAGGGAUAUGGUAUGACUGAAGCAGGACCAGUCUUGUCAAUGAGCCUUGGGUUCGCUAAAGAACCUAUCCCGACAAAAUCAGGCUCUUGUGGGACUGUGGUCCGAAACGCAGAACUUAAAGUGGUUCACCUUGAGACACGUCUCUCUCUUGGCUAUAACCAACCUGGUGAAAUUUGUAUCCGUGGUCAACAAAUCAUGAAAGAGUACUUGAACGACCCAGAAGCCACGUCAGCAACAAUAGACGAAGAAGGUUGGCUUCAUACAGGGGACAUUGGGUAUGUGGAUGAAGAUGAUGAGAUCUUCAUUGUUGAUCGGCUCAAAGAGCUUGAAGCUUUGCUCAUCAAUCACCAUUCAAUUGCGGAUGCUGCUGUUGUUCCCCAAGGAGAUGAAGUGGCUGGUGAAGUUCCGGUGGCUUUCGUGGUGCGAUCCAAUGGAAACUACAUCACCGAAGAAGAUAUAAAAGAAUAUAUAGCCAAACAGGUGGUGUUCUACAAGAGAUUGCACAAGGUCUUCUUUGUUCCUUCAAUUCCCAAAUCUCCUUCCGGAAAAAUUCUGAGAAAGGAUCUCAAAGCUAAACUUUGUUGA